CAGCACAUAACUGGAGGCAGCUAACAGUCUGGGACGCAGACACCAGCAGCUCUGAGCUGAACUGACAGCAUGAAGGCCCUCCUGGCCCUGCUGCCGCUGCUGCUGCUGCUGCUCUCCACACCUCCCUGCGCCCCCCAGGCCUCUGGGAUCCGGGGAGAUGCUCUGGAGAAGUCUUGCCUUCAGCAGCCCCUGGACUGCGAUGACAUCUAUGCCCAGGGCUACCAGACAGAUGGUGUGUACCUCAUCUACCCCUCAGGCCCCAGCGUGCCCGUGCCUGUCUUCUGUGACAUGACCACUGAGGGUGGCAAGUGGACGGUUUUCCAGAAGAGAUUCAAUGGCUCAGUGAGUUUCUUCCGGGGCUGGAAUGACUACAAGUUGGGCUUUGGCCGUGCAGACGGGGAGUACUGGCUGGGUAAGGCCUGGGCCUGGUGGGAGGGGGGACUGCUCCAAAGUCAGGUCCUUGCUAACCAGCUCCCUUCCCCCACAGGGCUGCAGAACAUGCACCUCCUGACCCUGAAGCAGAAGUAUGAGCUGCGGGUAGACCUAGAGGACUUCGAGAAUAACACAGCCUAUGCCAAAUAUGUCGACUUCUCCAUCUCCCCGAAUGCCGUCAGCGCUGAGGAGGAUGGCUACACCCUCUAUGUGUCGGGCUUUGAGGAUGGUGGUGCAGGUGACUCCCUGUCCUACCACAGCGGCCAGAAGUUCUCCACCUUCGACCGGGACCAGGAUCUCUUUGUGCAGAACUGUGCAGCCCUGUCCUCAGGAGCCUUCUGGUUCCGCAGCUGCCACUUUGCCAACCUCAAUGGCUUCUACCUGGGUGGCUCCCACCUUUCCUAUGCCAAUGGCAUCAACUGGGCCCAGUGGAAGGGCUUCUACUACUCCCUCAAGCGCACCGAGAUGAAAAUCCGCAGGACCUGAGGGGCUGGCCCCCUCAGGCUCCAUUCUUCCCCAGCAACCCCCAUCACUAUGAAUACUCCCUCUGACCUCUGAUGCCCUGGGACUCCUAUGUUGCUUCUGCUGCUCCCUGAGCACCAGCUUCUCAAGAGGCCUUCUGACUCUCAGCCAUGGCUGAUCCCUAUCACACACCCCGGGGCAAACAUUUCUAAGCCAGGCCCUAGGAGCUCCCUUCUACCUGCAGCUAGCUACCAGCAGCACCCAGCCCUUUUCUGAGGUACAGUCACCCAGCCUGGACCUGGCUAGCCUCCAUGAGACUGAGCUGACUCCACCUUGUCCCAAUAGCUGAGAGCCAGGAGCCACCUCCCAGGAAUGCACUUGUGUGUCCCACUUUAGCCAGCUUCUUUACUGCGGGCCCCUGUGUCUGGGAAUACUCUAGACCAAGCAGUGUAAUCUGACCACCCCUGGGUGUAUGCCAGGCCAUUCAUGCAUGACCACUGGCACCCCCUCUGGCUAUUUGCAGAGUACCUUCCAUCCUUGGCCUCCCUCUCACCAACAUUCUCCCCUGUGGUGAACACCAUGGACCUCACAACCAUACUGCUUCUACCACCUGCCUGUCCCAGCCCCUGCAAAGCUCAAUGACAAAACAGUAUUCACCACAGGUACUGUACGUCACCCUGAAGUAGACAUGGGCAAGGUAGGCAUGGAAAUGGGGUCCCCCAACUGCCCCCAGGGAUUGAGGUUUGGCCACGUGAGAACACAGAGAACAAUCUUUGGGGCUGAAAGUGGGCAGGGCAGGCAAGGCUCAGUCAUGGACCUAAACAAAUUGGCUUUGUGCACAAAAAAUAUUGCUUGGGUCCCYAACUGGCUCCUCCUUAUACCCCUAUUGGUGGUAUACUGU